AUGCAGUCGGAAGUGGUUGACCCGACAACCUUUUCUCUCCGCCCCGAGCACAGAUACAAGUUUCGCCCCAACGAAAUCCGGCCGACUGUCCGCUCCAUUCUCAAGACUCGGCUGGAGGGCGAGGUCUACAAGGCCGACGAGAUCCAGAGCCUUAGCAAGGAGAUCGCCGAUACCGUGCGUGACCACAUUCGUGGUUUGGAGCUGGAGCGGUACAAGAUCAUGGUGAAUUGCAUGAUUGGGGAGCAGCGUGGCCAGGGUUUGCGGGCGGGAUGCAAGAUGUUCUGGGACUCUGACACCGAUGAUUACUUUGAGGAGGUGUACAUCAACCAGCACCUCUUCGCUGUCGUUACGGUCUUCGGGCUGUAUCAGUACUAG